UUUUUUUUUUUCUUCUUUUCUUUUCCUUCCUCUCUUUUUCUUUUUCUCUAAUUGUUGUAUGUACAUGCGUGCGUAAUAGUAGAUCAACCGUAUAAAGUACACACAAACAACACCCCCUGUCUUUUUUUUCUGCUCUAAAGCCUCCGUAUUCGUUUCAGAAUCAACUCUCUCUCUCUCUCUCUUUUCUAUAUCAGCCCUCCUCCACAGUGCCUCCUUUCUCCUGCUAGUUAGUAAAAGUAGUACUAUUAUUAUUAUUAACUAGUAUAGUAGUAUUUACUAUUAUAACCACCACUACUGCUACUGUUACUACACAGUUUUGCCCGCCCUUUUUGUCGCAACUAUAUUGCGCCUCUCUCACACCCUUCCCCCCCCCCUUGGGAAAGCAGCCCCAAAAAAGUCACUCGCACCCCCUCGCUCCUUAUAUAUAAUUUAGUAAUAACAACAGCAGCAGCAGCAUGAUACACCCUCUUGCGCAGGAACAACAACAAGAAUCGUCUUACUCCACUUGCUCUCAUCAUCAGCAUCUUCAGCCCCACGACAACGAAAACAACGACGACGUCAGUAACUACCACGCAGGGACAACCACAUUACCUCCUGGGUCAUCAAACACCGCAGUUACCGCCGUCGCCGACACCAUGUCCGAAAAGAUCAAUGAACUCCAGCAGCAACAGGAACAAGAAGAACAGCAGCAUCACCCACCACGACCUACAAGCGAUGCUUUUUAUGACCACCACCCUAAUCAGCUACAACAACAACAACAACACGCAUUUUAUGCACCUCAAUCACCAGAAUUACCUUUCCCUCGCAUCCACCAACAACAACCACAACCACAACCACAACAGCGCGCUUACUCUGUCACGGCCAUGCCAAGUGAAUUGCAACGAGCCGUGUUACGCCAUCAACAACAACUAGCAGAACAGAGACAACAGCAGCUCAUGUCAGCGCCUGAUCAACCCUGGUGGCAAUACUAUUAUCAGCUCUAUCACUACCAUCCUCCUCCAGGGCGCAAGCCCACAGUCUUUGGUCCUUAUCUGUUACUUCAAACCUUGGGCGAGGGUGAGUUUGGUAAAGUCAAACUCGGUAUUCAUAUCGAAACUGGCCAGGAGGUGGCAAUCAAGUUGAUUAAGAAGGACAAUAUCGACUCUUCAACACGGAUGAGUAAAGUAGAAAGAGAAAUCUCUGUAUUAAGAAAAGUGCGACAUCCAUACAUUGUAAAGUUAUACGACGUGAUAGAGACCGAGCGUUACAUUGGCAUCAUCCUGCAGUGUGCAUCAGGAGGAGAACUCUUUGAAUACAUCCUUGCGCAUCGAUACCUCAAGGAAAAGGAUGCUAGCCGGUUGUUUGCCCAGCUGAUCAGUGGUGUGCAUUACAUGCACCAAAAGCAUAUUGUCCAUCGAGACCUUAAACUGUAUAAAAUCUUGAGGUCCACCAAAGUCCACCUGGGUCCACCAUUUUUUGAAAUCCCGAUAGCAGGACCACAGUGAUAUCCAGCGAUAUCAUUGGUUAUACCGAAUGAUAUCUGCGAAUAUCAAUUGUUGGGGACCGUUUUUAUAAGUAGAGCCGUGGACCUGCUUGUUAUUAAUAAAAGAAGAGCUUGGUA